GCUGUUAAUAAUUAGACAUACAUUUCAGCCCAAUGUUGACCUCGCUUAUUUUGUUUAAUUAUGUCCACUUAAAAAAUUUUUCUCGUUUGCUAUUUACUUAAUCUAUUUUCUAUAGUAUUUUGAUGACAAAAAUUAACAAGUUCUCAGUUUCUAACCGAUUACCAUUUUCUAAUUAAAUAUACCAUUUCUCUGCUACCUUCAUAAAAAAGUAUCAGACUGAUACUAUCAGUAUUACGGUUAUUAGAACCGGUUACAGCAAAAAAAAUAAAUUUUUAAACUCUAAUAAAUAAAUUUUUUUUAUAUUAAGUGGUAUCUUAAUUCUAAUAUAAAUUUUAUGACAAAAUGGCAUAAACGUGUUUGAAGCCAUCAGUACGUUAAUACUAAUUUCCUAAAAAAGAGGAUAAAACUAUUAUAAACAAGCAUAAGCUACUAUAAUGGAUUUAAAUUUAAUCAAAUUGAUAUUUCUAUGCUUUGCUAUCAUUGUUGGAAUAACUAGUUUCCUAAUUCAUUUUGAUGAAAAUUAUCUACCAAUAUUUUUAAGAAGAUCCUUUCGACACGGAAAAUAUGCUGAAAAAACUAGCCAUAAAAUUGUAGAAAAAUUUGAAGUUCCUAAAAGAUAUUUUUCACAUUUUUACCUAUUUGCUGCUCCACUAUCAACUACUGUUUUGCUCCUAUGUAUUUACAGAUAUUUUUACUUAGGCAAUCUGCCUGAAGUUAUUUUUACAAUUUUGGACUUCUUAUUCAACAGUUCUAGGAAAGCCCUUGUAACAUCAGAGCAAACAAUUACAGCAAUUACAAUGAUAACGAUACAAUGUUGGAAAAGAUUGUAUGAAACUCAUUGUGUUAGCGUUUACAGCGAUGCAAAAAUGAAUAUAAGUCAUUAUAUAGUUGGAUUUAUUCACUAUAUUGGGACAAUAACAUGCAUAAUCGGUGAAUCAUCUGGAUUUGUAAAAGGUUCCGACUAUGAUUUUCACUGGAGUAAAUUAAAUAGUAUUUGUAUUAUUUCCGCUGUGUUUUUUCUAUUGUCGUCCUAUGAACAAUUAAAAACUAAUUUUAUAUUAGCACAUUUACGAAAAAACGAAAAAGGAGUGGUUGUAACUAAAUCAUAUAAAAUCCCAAAUGGUCGACUUUUUCAAUAUAUUACAGCGCCUCUUCAAUUAACAGAAAUUAUUAUGUAUUUCACACUAACUAUAAUUCUUUGGCAGAGUUCAUCAUUCUAUUACAUAUUUAUCUGGGUUCUUGUUAAUCAGACUGAAACUGCUAUUUCAAGCCAUCGAUGGUACAAGAAGACUUUCAAAAAUUAUCCUAAUCAUCGUAAAAUAUACAUUCCUUUUUUGAUAUGAACAAUUUGUCCAUGUAUUUUUGUACAAUUUGAAAAUAAAAAUAAAAUUAUAUAAUUAAUUUCGAUGA